AACCAAACCAAACACUAUGAAUUUAAAUCUACGUACAGCUCAGUUCUUAGCGAGGAAAAACGCAGCGCCUUAGAGGGAGGAACCGUUAGGUGAGUUCGUUCACCAGCGGCUGGACGGACGCCCCCCGCCUCCGCCCCCAAACGAUCUGUGCUAAAAAAUUCUGCGAUACCCAGAAAAGGGAAGGAGUGGGGUAAGCUAAGAAAUCAAUCAAUCAUGCCGUCUGCUGCGAAGAGGAGAAAAGCAGCCAAGAAAAAGAGGGAAAAGGAAGCCAACAACAACAACGCAUCAUCAACCACCACCAAUAACCGCUCACAUGUGCAUGAUGAUCCAAAAAGCCAAAGUGAGAGGGACAGUGAUGGUGGUGAGGUUGGGUCCCUUGCAUCACCAGACCAGCAGAAUCAUGAUCACCCAUUUGGUGAAGAGGAUCAAGAAGAUGAUAAGGGAAAUGCAUCACCUGUUCCAUCAUUUGUAACUGAGAACAGGCCGAUGGAAGAAGUCCCAGAAAAUGCAGAAAACACUGAGAUAUUAGGAAAAGAGGAUGAUGUUGUGGUCGAAAUCAAGAGGCGAUUGAAACCAGAUGAGGAUCUGGACCAUAGAGAUGUUAGGAUUGAGCAUGUUGAGCAUGAUAGGAGUUCCACCAGCAGCAACAGCAGUUCAGAUGAUGAGUCUCGAGACUCUGAAAAGAAACUGAAGGAUGAAACCUGUGAUUCAAUUGCUGAACCAACUGUAAACAGUGAUGAGGGUAAGCCAGCCAGUUCUCUACAUGAAGAAGUGGUGCAAAUUACUGACAAUGUGUCAAGUGGGUUAGAUGAAGCUGAUAGUGUUUCAGCUGCUGAAACUGCUUUUGUUGGUGAUGUGGUUAAGCCUGUUUUAUCCAUGCCAGAGGAGGUAAAUCCUUCCAUAGAAAAUGCUUCCUUAAACAAUUCAGUGGUUUCUGAUGCUGUUGAAUUGGGGAUGAAAGAAAAUGAAGAGAAAUUAUUGCCCAUAAAUGAUGGUGUUAAUGGGGCUCAAUCAGAUGGAAAUAAAGAGAAGAUGUUGCCACGAUCAAGUGGUCUGACUGCUCAAACUAGUAAUGUCACAGAAAAUACCCAGGAUUCCAAAAUUCCUGGGUAUACUGAGAAGCAGCCUCUUGUUGCUCCAACUCCACCAGUGGUGCAAAGAACCUCAUGGUUGGGUUGCUGUGGAUUAUUUGAAGUUCUUUCAGGAUCUGACAGAUAAUUAGAGUGUAUGAGGCAGAACCAGACGGCAGAGCUUGUUAGAAUCAGCACGCAUAUGGUUUCUAGAGGUCAUAUUCGAAACUCCAUAUUUCUCUUAUAGAAUGGACCAUGAACCUAGAUAGGCAAAAAGUAUGAGCUUUGUGGUAUUUUGUCAUUUAUUUCAAUAGGAGCUCGUUUUUCCUAGCUUCUGGUACAUUCUCUUUGUUGGUACUUCUGCAUUUUAAUGUUUUUGGUCAGAGGUCAAGUUCUUGUUGUAUGUGCUUUGUUUUGGGUUGACUGGAUUAGUUUCCUUAAUUAAAGCUUUGUUCAAUGAAUAACCUGGUUGUUAACUAGCUGGUAUAUUAUUUUGAUUGAGGAAUUUCUCUGUUCUUUUGGAGAUAGUUUUAUUAUUC